GGUCACGCACUGGACCGUUCUGAGUCAUUCAGACACUCUGCCGCAGCUGCGGAAAAUGCUUGAGGAGAUUGAGACCUAUGCUGACACUUUAAGGAGCAGCUCUACCGUACCGCCCAGGCACUCGGCAACAUUUCGUACCGCACAGUCACAUAUGGUGGUGCCCAAAUCUUCAAGCGCCAACAUGAGAUCAGCAAUGACCUGCCCACGAUGCGCCGAGCCACAUCGUAUAUCAAGAUGCCCUAAAUUCCGAGCAUUAAGUCUGGAUCAACGUUUGCACUGGGUACGCCAAGCAACGUUAUGCUUCAACUGCUUGGGACCAGGUCACUCGGCCCGUGAGUGUAACUCGGGGAAUUGCAACAACUGUAAGCAGAAACACAACACCUUGCUUUGUAAGGCAGCUCCGCAAGGCGAGCGGUUACCUACAAACACCAGCUCAGUAGCGCGACCAGUGUCCGUACUCGAGCAACAAUCGCCAUCAACCAGUCUCUCCUGGCGCAAUCCGAAGGAAUCGUCCUACUAGCCACUGCCAAGGCGCCCAUCGUAGAUGGGUGUGGAGAGGAAGUAUCGUGUCGUCUCUUGUGUGACAUGGGUUCACAGGUAAGCUUCAUUACGGAGCCAUUUUUUAAGCGUUUGAAUCUCCACAGAAGGCGUUACACAUUGACGGUAGAAGGUAUUGGUUCGCAG